AUGACCACUGUCCCGAGGACCAAGGCUGACGUCCACAGCGUGCCUGUUCGACACACGGUCACGGAAGGCUGCGGGCCAGGCCGGCGGCCGUCAGAGCGCACGUCCCAGUCCCGGUGCCCCCGGAGCUCCUCCCCAGGGGGCCAGACGCCGACAGGCAGGCCACCACACGAAGCUGGCAGGUGGGCUCGGAGAACGGCCUGCAGGAGCAAGCAGGGACUAACCGGCCCCAACGGUGCAGAGGGUGGCUGCCCAGAAAGGCCCUACUGGGGGCGGAGCCAACAGGGAGCCCCACUGGGCCGGUGGGGGACGGUGAAGUUCAGAAAGGGGCUGGAGCGCCAAGCAAGCAGGGGCAACGGCAGACAGAUGAGUUGCUGGACGUGGCUGGGACUGGAGACGCUACUUUUUGUGGGCUCGCCUUCCCGGACGUCCAUCCCAAAGACGCAGGUGCGUCGGUGUGAGGUGUUGUCCCCGCGCACACGGGUGGGGAGGGGCGCCCAGACACCGCUGGGGACGGCGGUCCUCGAGGAGGAGGAGGAGGAGGAGGCACGUUGGACGUUCCACUCCAUACCGUGCGUAUUCUUUACCUUGCACCUCUGCCAUCUACCGCCCGCAUCCGUUUUGUGCCUUUGAAAACCUACUCGUUCAAAUAAAU